CGAGCACGCGCAAUGGGGCGGCAACGCCUCCGCCGCCGUUAGCCAGGCAGGUCGCACCCGGAGUAACCAACGGUGACCGCAACUGCAGAUCUCUUGAGGACAGUCCCGAGGUCCAGAGCAGAGAUGUUUGGUGACACUCACGGGGACAGCAGAUUCGCCCUCAGUGGAUCUGUGGCACACUCCCGGGACACCAGCAGAGAAGCCCUGCGGGGUGACACAUUCCCAGGACCCUCCUUCCGGUCAAGCAGCACUUCCAUCAGUGACGACAGUUACUUUCGCAAGGAGGGCAGCCGGGAUCAGGAAUUUGCCCAUUCUGACUCGCGAGAGCAGGCCCUUGGCCACCGGAAGUUGGGACAUUUUCAUUCUCAGGACUGGAAAGUGGCUCUCCGUGGCUCUUGGGAGCAGGACAUGGGCCAUCCGGUUUCUCAAGAGUCCUCUUGGGCACAGGAGUUUGGUUUGAGUCCUUCCACUGCUCUGGGAGACCUGGGCUCCUCCAGGCGGCUUGAGAAAGAGCAUUUGGAGAAGGAGAGUCGGGAGUACGACGCGGACCAUCCCGGAGAGGCUGACACCGUGCCCAGAGCCAGUGGACAGGGCCAGGCCCGAGCCCGCGCUCUCAGCGUCGACCAGGAAGGUGGCCUUCUGGGAAAGGGGGACACACAGGGCCUGCUGGCAGCCAAAGCUGGUGUCGCAAAGCUCGCCACUCUGAGAAACGUGACCACAGUGAAAGUGCCCACUCUAAAUCGUGUUACCCCCAAAAGUCAGGGCACUAACCAGACCCAGAAAAGUACCCCAAGUCCUGAUGUGCCCCUGAGGACAAACCCUGGAGUGGAAGAGCUGCAGUUCCCUGUCCCGAAGAUCCCCUUGGGGCUCGACCUGAAGAACAUCCGCUUCCCCAGGAGAAAGAUGAGCUUCGAUAUCAUAGAUAAGGCUGAUGUCUUCUCCAGGUUUGGGAUCGAGAUCAUCAAGUGGGCUGGGUUCCACACUAUCAAAGAUGACGUGAAGUUCUCUCAGCUUUUCCAGACUCUCUUUGAGCUCGAAACUGAAACCUGUGCCAAGAUGCUCGCCUCCUUUAAGUGCUCCUUAAAACCGGAGCACAGAGAUUUUUGCUUUUUUACUAUCAAAUUUUUAAAGCACUCUGCUUUGAAGACCCCGCGAGUUGAUAACGAGUUUUUAAACAUGCUUUUAGACAAAGGUGCCGUGAAAACCAAAAACUGCUUCUUUGAAGUCAUCAAGCCCUUCGACAAGUACAUCAUGCGGCUGCAGGACCGCCUGCUCAAGAGCGUCACGCCCCUGCUCAUGGCCUGCAACGCCUACGAGCUCAGCGUCAAGCUGAAGACGCUUGCCAGCCCCCUGGACCUGGCCCUGGCCCUCGAGACCACCAACUCCCUGUGCCGGAAGUCGCUGGCGCUCUUGGGGCAGACCUUCGCUCUGGCCUCCUCUUUCCGGCAAGAGAAGAUCCUAGAAGCCGUCGGCCUCCAAGACAUAGCCCCCUCCCCAGCUUCCUUUCCCAACUUCGAGGACUCCACUUUGUUUGGGAGAGAGUACAUCGACCACCUGAAGGCCUGGCUGGUGGCUAGUGGGUGUCCCCUGCGAGUGAAGCGGCCAGGGCCAGAGCCGUCACGAGAAGAAGACAAGACGGCCCUUCCUGCAAAACCUGAGAGCCAUGCCAGGCCUCUGAGCGAUGCAGUCCCACAGCGAGCGGACUACAGAGUAGUAGACACCAUUGACCAGCUCGUAACGCGUGUUGUUGAAGGCAACCUGUCUCCCCGGGAGAGAGCAACUCUCAAGGAGGACCCUGCUUACUGGUUCCUGUCUGAUGAGAACAGCCUGGAGUACAAAUACUACAAGCUGAAGCUGGCUGAGGCGCAGCGCGGGAGCCAGGCCCCGGUGGGCUCGGAUUGGAAGCCGGCCCCAGCCGAGUGUGCUGUGCGGGCCAUGCUGUACGCGCGCGCUGUGCAGAGUCUCAAGCGGAGGCUGCUCCCGGGCCAGCGGCGGCGGCUGCUCCGCACCCAAGGCCUCCGUGGCUGGAAGGCCAGGCGCAUGACCACAGGGACCCAGACGCUGCUGUCCUCGGGCACCAGGCUGAAGCCCCUUGGCCGGCAGCCCAAGCCACCCCCACCUGAGGGGAACUGUGCUGCUAAGGACUGCCUGGCAGACCCUGCCAGAGCCCCUCCUCGGGUCGCCAGCCCUAGUGCCCCCGGCCCGGCGCCCAAGUCCCCCAAGCUUCCUGGAGCAGAUGCUGCUGCCAACGCCCCAGGAACCUCCUCCCCCAGCGAGCCUGCUGACCAUGUUGACGCAAAGACCAUGGAGACUGCAGAGAAACUGGCGAGAUUCGUCGCUCAGGUGGGACCCGAGAUUGAGCAGUUCAGCAUAGAAAACAGCACCGACAACCCCGACUUGUGGUUUCUCCACCACCAGAACAGCUCUGCUUUCAAAUUCUACCGAAAGAAAGUGUUGGAACUAUGCCCCUCCAUCCGUUUCACAUCAUCACCUACUGCCCUGCCUGCCAGCAGUGGCGACCGAAGUGGGGACUCACAGGAGAGCCCCAGAGGCUCUGGAGAAGGGGCAGGGGAGCCAGAGGACCAAGGCCCCACACAGGAAGCAGAGCUGGGCAGCCCUGAGGUGAUGGAGGAGGAGGAGGGCGACGAGGAGGACGAGGAGGAUGAGGAAGGGGCAGAGGGCACCACUGCCCACAGAGCUGUCAGGCCGGGAACAGGGGCCGCCAAGGCAGGGAGUGCCGAGGGCCACACCCCGACAGAUGGCCUCCCUGGUGAGGGUACUGAGGAUGACACGCCCGCAGCUCCAGGCCUUUCCCAGGCCACCGUGGGGACCUGCUUCCCCCGAAAGAGGAUGAGCAGCAAGUCACUGAAAGUUGGCAUGAUCCCAGCCCCCAAGCGGGUGUGCCUCAUCCAGGAGCCCCAAGUCCACGAGCCAGUACGCAUCGCCUAUGACAGGCCUCGAGGACGUCCCAUGUCCAAAAAGAAGAAACCCAAGGACCUGGACUUUGCCCAGCAGAAGCUGACGGACAAGAAUGUGGGCUUCCAGAUGCUGCAGAAGAUGGGCUGGAAGGAGGGCCGUGGCCUGGGUUCUUGUGGCAAAGGCAUCCGCGAGCCUGUCAGCCUGGGCACCGCCUCGGAGGGGGAGGGCCUGGGCGCUGAUGGCCCCGAGCAAACGGAGGACACAUUCGACGUCUUCCGCCAGCGCAUGAUGCAGAUGUACAGACACAAGCGGGCCAACAAAUAGGGUCCGUGUGAGGACGCCGGGCAUCCAACAGCGCUGUGCUGCCACCCUGGGUGUGAUUGUCCCUGCCUUGUUCUCGUCCUUGGGGCCCCAUAGGGAAUGUUAGUGAUUUGGUCCUUGGUAAAACCUAGAAGAUGUCCGUGAUGUUACCAAAAGGAAGUUUUGUUUUCUAAGAAGUUGUGAAUGUUGUCAAUCAUUAGCGGUUGCAAUAAAUGUAGAGGAAACCUAA